CACACUGAUCUACACCGAUAGCAAAGAGCUUCAGCAAUUGUCUGUCGACCAAGGUGUUCCUCUUGCAGUAGGUGGAAGGCAGCCCCCGGGGCCCCCGGGGAAGUGGUGGAAUCGCCCUUCAUUCCAUUCUUCAGUCUUGCUUGGGUCGCCAGGAGUGGCGAGGAGCGGAGACGGUGACCGCUGGUUGCACGGAACACCGAGUGUUACUUCAGCAAAACUUUUUGAGCGCCCCGCUUCGUUGCUUCCCUGACAGAUCAACUCCUGCCUGGCUGCGGUUCCCCAUCCCGACAUCUAAGGGGGUUAGAUAUUCUUUUAAGCGAGCGGCCGAUUCCUUUUGUUAGAAUAACCCGAUACCCGAGCAGCCUCUGUGACCAAAUGCUCGAUUGCUCUUUUGGAUAUUAUUUAAAGGAGAGAAAUCAAUCGCAUUACUGAAAUGCUAUUGGGCGAUAUUAUGAGAUUAGACUUGGAGAAAAUCGCCCUGGACUACAUUGUACCUUGUUUGCGCGAUAUUGGCUUUUGCUACUUGGACAAUUUCUUGGGCGAGAUAAUAGGGGACUGCGUCUUGGAAUGUGUGAAACAAAUGCAUUAUAGAGGGGAGUUGCACGACGGUCAACUGGCCGGCCAGCGCCAGGGCAUCUCCAAGAGACACUUGCGAGGAGACCAGAUAAAAUGGAUCGCAGGCACCGAGGAAGGAUGCGAGGCCAUCAACUUUCUCUUGUCGCUGGUAGAUAGGCUGGUGAUGUUUUGUGGCAGUAGAUUGGGUAAAUACUAUGUCAAGGAAAGGUCUAAGGCUAUGGUAGCUUGCUAUCCUGGGAAUGGAACUGGCUAUGUGCGUCAUGUGGACAAUCCCAAUGGAGAUGGGCGAUGUAUCACCUGCAUUUAUUACCUGAACAAGAACUGGGAUUCAAAGCUGCAUGGGGGGAUCCUACGAAUAUUCCCCGAAGGCAGGUCCUAUGUAGCUGAUGUUGAGCCCAUCUUUGACAGAUUACUUUUUUUCUGGUCAGACCGAAGAAACCCACAUGAAGUGCAGCCUUCCUAUGCAACAAGGUAUGCAAUGACUGUAUGGUAUUUCGAUGCAGAGGAAAGAGCAGAAGCCAAAAAGAAAUUCAGGAAUUUAGUUGAUGCAGGAAAGACAGAAGCAGUUCUCGGUGAAGACUGAAUAACAAAUGACUUGAUACAAUUUUUGUGUAAUGAUAAUUUUCAGACUAUUUGCAAGCAAUAAGAUCCAAAGAUUACAUGGUCUGUUUUUUUAUGAUUAUCGGAUAUUCUUCAAUGCACUAUUUUUGACAUUACCUAAUGUUUGCAUAUUACCACGAUGGUACUCAUGACAGCUUCCAAUCUCUUCUAUUUGGCAUAAGCAUCCCUCUUCUCUUCUUGCCUUUGAAUUGAAGAAUACCACCCGAAUGAAGAAUAUCACCAAGUCUCAUAUGAUAUCAAGUUGAAGAUGGCAAUACUAGUAAUAAAAAUACUAAACAUUUGAAACAAUUGAGGAACCUGAGUCUAUUUGCACUUUAGUUACAUUUUCUGGUUCGGUGGAAAGGAACUUUACGAAGGAUCCUCACUGGCAGGUUGCAGA